AAUAAUAAAGGUUUAGAGGAGGAGUAGGGAGUGUGCCAGCUCACGCACUCUCCGAAUUUGUCGCUCUCUCUCUCUCUCUUUCUCUGUUUCUCUCUCCCCUGCCUCUGGUUUAUCUAUUCCUCUUGCGCCAUACCAGGAUCCUCUUCCACCGAUCGAGAGAGAGCCACAACGCGAGGUUCCGUUUGUUGAAUGAUCAGUGAUGGGUGUGAUACCGGAGAAGCUGGUUUCCUUGUACAAGAGCCGGUGGCUGGUGUUCGUGGCCGCAAUGUGGUUGCAGUCGUGGGCGGGUAUUGGCUACUUGUUUGGGAGCAUAUCUCCGGUCAUCAAGAGUUCCUUGAGCUACAACCAGAAGCAGCUUGCGGUGUUGGGUGUGGCCAAGGACCUCGGAGACAGCGUGGGGUUCCUUACUGGGGUGUUGUGUGAGCUUUUGCCUAUAUGGGGUUCUCUUCUUGUUGGUGCUGCUUUGAGCCUUGUUGGCUAUGGUUUGGUUUGGUUGGUUGUCACUGCUCGUGUUCCGGUUCUGCCUUUGUGGGCUAUGUGUGUUCUUAUCUUUGUGGGAACAAAUGGUGAAACCUACUUCAACACAGUUUCUCUGGUGUCUUGUGUACAAAACUUCCCCAAAAGCCGGGGUCCUGUGGUUGGAAUUCUGAAGGGCUUUGCUGGGUUGAGUGGUGCAAUCUUGACACAAAUAUAUGCAUUGUUCCAUACCCCUGAUCAUGCAUCAUUAAUAUUCAUGGUUGCUGUUGGUCCAGCAUUGGUAGUAAUAGGUCUUAUGUUCUUUGUUAGGCCUGUUGGGGGUCACAAACAAGUUCGGCCAUCAGAUGGAAAGUGCUUCACAUUUGUCUAUGGUGUGUGCCUCCUUUUGGCUGCUUAUUUGUUGGGAAUCAUGGUUGUCCAAGACCUAGUUGACGUGAAUGAUACUGUAGUCAAAAUAUUCACAGCAAUUCUCUUGUUGAUAAUCGUUGUCCCAAUUUUUAUUCCCAUUUCAUUGACUUUUGGCCCGGAUCAAAAGCAUCCAGAGGAAGAGGCACUUCUUCCAGAACCACAGAAUAAAGAGCCAGGGAAGUCUCAACUGGAUUCUGAUGAAAUAAUACUGAGUGAGUUGGAAGAUGAGAAGCCUAAGGAAGUGGACAUGCUUCCUGCAUCAGAGAGGCAGAGACGUAUAGCACAUUUGCAACAAAGACUGCUCCAAGCAGCUGCAGAAGGAGCAGUGAGGGUUAAGAGGAGGAGAGGACCACACAGAGGGGAAGAUUUCACCUUGACACAAGCAUUGAUCAAAGCAGACUUUUGGCUUCUUUUCAUUUCCAUGAUCAUGGGUUCUGGAUCCGGGUUGACCGUAAUUGACAAUCUGGGUCAGAUAAGCCAGUCUCUAGGAUAUGACAAUGCCCAUAUUUUUGUCUCCAUGAUCAGUAUUUGGAACUUUCUUGGCCGUGUUGGAGGAGGUUACAUAUCUGAGCUUGUUGUGAGGGAUCAUGCAUAUCCAAGACCAGUUGCAUUGGCUGUAUUUCAACUGAUAAUGACUGUUGGGCAUGUUUUCAUUGGUAUGGGAUGGCCAGGGUCAAUGUAUGUUGGAACUUUACUGGUUGGAAUUGGCUAUGGGGCUCAUUGGGCAAUUGUUCCAGCUACUGCCUCUGAGUUGUUUGGUUUGAGAAACUUUGGUGCAUUGUACAAUUUCAUUACUCUGGCAAACCCUGCAGGAACAUUGGUCUUCUCUAGUCUCAUUGCCAGCACCAUCUACGAUUCUGAAGCAGAGAAACAACAUCCCCUUCAUAAUAUGGGAUCAUUGAUGGAUGUUAGUGAUUCUCUAAAGUGUUAUGGUAGCGUAUGCUUUUUCCUAACUUCCAUGAUCAUGGCAGGACUGUGUGUUGUUGGAGCAGGCCUAUGCAUGGUUCUUGUGUUAAGAACAAGGAUUGUUUAUGCCAACCUAUAUGGAAAAACAUCUUCUAGUAGGCUUCGAUUAUGAAAGGGAUUGGCCUGUAUUUUGUUGUGCGUAUACUUUAGAAAUUACUCUUGCUGAUUUGAUUUCAAGAAAGAUUGAAGAAUCUGAGCCAUGCAUCUGAAGCUGUCUCUAGUGUGAAAAUUCAAAGAAGGGAUAACUUCACUCAUACCAAAGGAGAAGAAAAAAGUGUUUUGUCAAAUAGCUGCUAUGACUUAGCUUUCUGUAUUCUUUUCCAUUUUUUUUGGGUUAUAUUCUUUCCGUUUGCUAGUAAAAGUUUGAUUGACAUCCACACUAGUCGGUUUCUACCAUUGUUCGAUCAGAAAGCUUGCAAAAUAUUCGACUUGUUUUGUUACCAAGAAAACAAAAAGUUGUUCUUAUUAGUGGUGAUUCUGAGAUUAUGUAAUGUACAUUUUAUUUUGAUUUUUGACUGGAUAUCCCACAAGUAUCAUUGAAAGACUAAUUUUGUGUCAAUUAUGAUUAGAUAAAGUCUUUUAUUGUGACGA